CGCACGCGCGGCACCCCGCGCACGCCCCGGUCACCCGCGCGGCGCUGCCGCCUGUUCUCGCGAGGGUGGUGGGGCCCGUGUCAUGGCGGAGGAGCCCGAGGUGGACAUCGAGGGGGAUUCGGCGGCGGUGCCCGGGGAGGCGGCGCCGGGAGAUCAUGAAAACACAGCUUCAAGCUUGCUGCAUGAUCACUAUCUUGAUUCAUCUUGGAGAACUGAUAACUGUCUCCCAUGGACGCUGGACAGCAGCAUUAGUGAAGAAAACAGGGCUGUCAUUGAGAAAAUGUUGUUGGAAGAAGAAUAUUAUUUAUCAAAUAAAUCACUUUCUGAAAAAAUAUGGCUCAAUCAAAAGGAAGCAGAGAAAAGAUCUUUGAAAAGCCCACAUAAGAAAACUGGAAGAGUCAUGGUGCGAUCACCUACAAAAUCAGGUAGCUACUCAUUAAAGUGGACAUCAGAAGAAAAAGAGCUGUUUGAACAAGGACUGGUGAAAUUUGGUCGCCGGUGGACAAAAAUUGCCAAGUUGAUGGGAAGUCGUACUGUUCUACAAGUAAAGAGUUAUGCUCGGCAGUAUUUUAAGAACAAGGCAAAAAAUGGUGAUUCUGAAAAAGAAGAGCAAAGUCAGUGUGGUAGCAGUCUUCCUGUUGAAGAUGGGAUGCAGGUAGAAGCAUGGUCAUCUGGAAACUUGAGAGGCCGUGCAGACCCCAAUCUGAAUGCAGUGAAAAUUGAAAAGCUGUCAGAUGAUGAAGAAGUGGACAUAACUGAUGACAUGGAUGAACUGUUUUCUUCUACCUUCCAGCAAGAAACUGGAAAAUCUGAGUUAUCUGUUGUUUCAAAAAGUCCGGUUGAAGAAAUGAAAGGAAUGGAAUGUUUUUUUUCAUCUGUUGGACGUGGUUCUGCAAUUUCUUUACCUAAAGAAUAUCCUCAACAUAUCAAGCAAGAUCCAGUGGAUGCGUUAGUAUUUCCAGGUCUUGCAGCAACAUGCUCUCAGCACCUGAACAGUGAUAAAUCUGUGAAAUUGGAUUUUCAGCAGCACAAUAAUUUUCUUGAGAAAGCCAAACAAGGCAGAUUAGUAACAUCUGGUGGUACUAGACAAGUAACUGAUCAGGAGCUUAACGAGGAGCAGAGAGAGCUGGCUGAUAAUGGAUUGCUCUUUCCUUCUCCCUGCCAAGUGGAUGACGAUCCUCAAGAAGAAGCUGAGGAGCUUAAACCACCUGAGCAAGAAGUGGAGGUUGACAGAAGCAUCAUUCUGGAAGAAGAAAAGCAAGCUAUUCCUGAAUUUUUUGAAGGGCGCCAGGCCAAAACACCAGAGCGUUAUUUGAAAAUUAGGAAUUAUAUUUUGGAUCAAUGGGAGAGAUGUAAACCCAAAUACCUGAAUAAGACUUCGGUACGUCCAGGCCUGAAGAACUGUGGCGAUGUUAACUGCAUUGGACGGAUCCACACGUACUUGGAAUUAAUAGGAGCAAUCAACUUUGGCUGUGAACAGGCUGUCUAUAACCGCCCCCAGCCUGCUGAUAAAGCACGCUCCAGGGAAGGCAAAGACACAGUGGAAGCGUACCAGCUUGCUCAGCGCCUGCAGUCCAUGCGUACAAGAAGACGGCGAGUGCGAGACCCUUGGGGAAACUGGUGUGAUGCAAAGGAUUUGGAAGGACAGACAUUUGAGCAUCUGUCUGCUGAAGAACUCGCAAGAAGAAGAGAAGAAGAGAAACUGAAACCUCUAAAAUCUGCUAAAGGUUCAAGACAAAUAAAAAGCUCCUUUGAUCCCUUUCAGCUGAUACCAUGCUGUUUAUUCACUGAAGAAAAACAGGAACCUUUUCAGGUGAAAGUGUCUUCUGAAGCACUUUUAAUAAUGGAUUUGCAUUCUCAUGUGUCUAUGGCAGAAGUAAUAGGCCUGCUAGGUGGAAGAUACUCUGAAGCUGAUAAAAUCGUAGAAGUUUGUGCAGCAGAGCCGUGCAACAGCCUCAGCACAGGCCUGCAGUGCGAGAUGGAUCCGGUGUCCCAAACGCAGGCCUCGGAGGCGCUGGCUGCCAGAGGGUACAGCGUUCUGGGCUGGUACCAUUCCCACCCGGCCUUCGACCCCAACCCCUCCAUACGAGAUAUUGACACUCAAGCUAAAUACCAGAGUUAUUUCUCCAGGGGCGGUGCCAUGUUCAUUGGAAUGAUUAUAAGUCCUUACAACCGAAAUAAUCCUCUUCCAUACUCUCAGAUUACAUGUCUAGUAAUUAGUGAUGAGCUCAGUUCUGAUGGUUCCUACCGCCUGCCUUACAAAUUUGAAGUGCAGCAGAUGUUGGAGGAACCUCAGUGGGAAUUAGUAUUUGAAAAAACGAGAUGGAUAAUUGAAAAAUACAGAUUCUGCCACAGCAGUGUCCCCAUGGAUAAAAUCUUUCACAGAGAUUCUGACUUGACUUGUUUGCAGAAAUGAAAAGAAGGAUGUUCAUUGAAGAGAGCUGGGGACAACAGUGAUGUGCAGAUACCAAGUUUUAACCUCAGUUUGGAGAAGAAUGAGGCAAAUUGUUCAUGUCUCCUCUCAGCACGUUGUGCGCUUUCAGCGUGGAGAGCUGCAUGUGUUUUGGGAGAAAAUUUGAACUUCGAGCCCUUUGUUCCGUCAGGAAAGUAGCGCUGUGCUGCGUUUGUCACACCUAAGCGAGAACUUUAAUUUUCCAGUCAGUGUAGUAAUUGUUAUGAAAUGGUAAAUAAUUACAGCUCUAAUAGUAAUUGCACAAAGAAGACAGAAAAUCUGCCUAAAGCAAAAGAUAAACAGAAAAUACAUACACUAUAAUUACCCGCAUCUAUUUUUUUUUCCUCUCCAGAUGACUUCGCUUAUAAACAAUUUAAAUCGGAAAUUGAAUUGGUAGAAUACUCUUGAAUUUAGCUAUUGUGUAAUUAGUUGUAAAGAAUUGGUUUUAAAUCACCGAUGUGUUCCUGUGUGACUGUUCCUGUCUAAAAUUUAUGUCGUGCAGUUGAAUACUUCUGUAGUGUUAAUCCUAAAUAAAUUGAAAAAAAAAUCCCUUUGGAAUACUUAUCAGCUAGAAAGGGGGGGAUGGGGAAUAAAAAGACAAAAAACAACCCUCAGGAAAAAUGACAAUUUUAAAAAAUCUCCUUUUCUUUUGAUUAGCUUUUGGAAUGUAUGAGGAAGACUUUGGGCAAGGUAACAAACUGCUUCGUUGCUGAAGAGUUCUUGACACAGAUAGAAAACUUAUUCCUUUCCACAUACAAGAGUGAAAAAAAGAGUAAUGCUGAAGAAAAUGAGAAUGAACCUUCAAAUGACUUGUCAAUGUGAUGAUGUUAACAAAACAAAAUGAUGGAGUUUUGAUUUUAUUUUUUCGUUUUCUUCCCCUCCUCUCCAUUAUGUGAACUCUUUCAGAAUGAUUAUCCAGUCUAGUAGUUACUGUUAGAGAAUCCAGUGUCAUUGUUACGGUUUAAACAUAAUUUGAAAAACUCCUGAUGUGUGUGACCUGACUACACGCUGAAGCACUUAAUACUGUUUGUAAACCAUGAGUGCCACAGAACUGAUUGAUUGACCAACAGUCUGCCAUGGGGACAGAGGACAGCCUCUCAAGGAUACUGUACCUCAGUCUUCCAGGAGAGUUUGUCCGCUCUCAAGUCAUUCGGUUUGGGAAUUUUCCCUUCCUUGCUCCCUCCAGGUACACACCUAAUGCUGAAUGAAUUUGUUCCUUAAUGCUUUAGAUAUUUUAAGUUUGAAUGAAUUCACAAAAUAGAAACUUAACUAAAAUGAAAUAUUGUAGCUCACUGAUUUCACACUUCCCUGGUAUCCAGUCUGAAGUUUUAUUCAGUUGUAGUUUAAUACAUCAUCUGAUUUUCCGCCCCCCUGCCCCCUCCCCCCUUUUUCAUUUUUCUCUCCCCAUUGAUCCCUAUGGUCAAGUAGCUUUUUGGCCUGUUCUUGGCCAUCCUCCUUCUAUAUUGGGGAGGAAAAGCUGGCAAGUUUUCAUGACUUCUCAGUAGCAGUUGUGCUUGUUUCCAGUGGAAAUGGUGAUUCCUGUCUUGCUACAGGUUGUGAUCUUUCUGGUCUUCCAUUCUGCAGGGAGAUAUUAUGUUGUUCUGCCAGAUCAUUGUGAUUUGUCCGCUUCUAAUUGCUGCUGUUUCCUGUGGAAACAAGAGCUCUCGAUUGACGGCAAACUUUGUGCACCAAGCAGAAAUCUAUUUGUCUUUUUAAAGGAAAAAAAAACCCAAAACACCAACUUCUAUAUUGAGAGUAUUCUCUAUAAUGUGCAGUUUGAGAAGAAAACAUACUAGUUUGUAUCAGUUCUUCAGCUAUAAUUCCAUACAAGUGUAUAUUCAGAUAGUCAUAAAUUGAUCCUGAUUGAAAAGUUUCUUGAUUGUAACUUGGAAAUGUUUCAUGAGCUAUAUCACUGUGAAUCUUUACGGAAAAAAUGUGCUUUAAAUUUUGCUUUCUAAGUCAUGAGGAAACAUGACUUGUGUACAGUUAUUACUAUUUACACAGAAUUACUUUGGGCAGAAUUUCUCAGAGGGGUCUGAAAUAUAUUUGAAAACAUGAAACAAGCAAGACCUUGAGUUUAUAUCCAGAGAGGUGACUAUGGACUCAAUUCUUAUUUAAAAUAUAUAUAUACAUGUGUGUGUACAUCUCUAGUUCUACAUAAUAUGAAUGGCAUUUUAAGAUUUUAUAUGUUUGCAUUUUUAACUUCAGCUUUUCAUUUGUAUGAAGAGUUUGAAAAGCUUUAACAUUCUGGAGUUGCAUCCCAGCAAGGGAACUCCAUUACAGGUAUUAACUGGACUUUUUUUAUCAUGUCUCAUAAAACGUUGGUCUCUUUCUGUUAUGAAGUAAAAGGUGCAGAACCUGAUGGUAUGAAAACAUGAGCUCUGGGUACUCAGAGAUUCUGCCAGUGCAGAUUCAAGAGCUGAGGGCUUAAAAAUAUCAGUGAACAUUCUCUGCUGUCGUUGACGUGCAGAUCUGCUGGUGCACAGCUUUAGGUCCCACUACUGUGUGGAGUUUACAAACUUGGUGUAUCCCCCUACAUAAGGCAUGUUGACUCAGUCUGCAUAUAUUCUAAAAUGUCAUCUUUGGGAUUUCCUAAUUAAAAAUAUUGCAUGACUUUCUCUGUUCCUAGUUUAA